GUUUGAGCUGAGGGUCUGCGAUCGCGCCUCACUGGAUGCCAUGGGCAACGAUGCAGAUCGAGUAGAAUUUCGCUAUCGCGACUCCAACAACAGGAUCGAUGUGAAGUGCGCCAGGACCUCAGCGCUGCUGCCACUGGCGCUCGCCAUGGAUGCCUGGUCGUCGGCAGCGCAGGAGGCAGGGAUCGCCAUUGCAGAUCAGCCGUCGGGCAGCUCAGCGGUGGCGCUACGUCAGCGCAACAAGAUUGAGAUGGAACAACGAGCUUUUGGCGCGAUCGCGUCCACGGAGGCGGUCGCCAGUGACUCGGAUGAGUCAGCCUAUGGACACGUGAAGGAUGCCACCCGGGAUGCCGCCAAAGAUGAUCGCACCUUCGCUCGCUCGACGGCAAAGCUCACCCCGGCGCUGUUCGCGGAGAUGACGGGUGGGCCUGGCUAUGCAGCUCGAGGGGCGAGAUCUCAGCCAUCUACAGUCGUGGUCUCCGAGAUCGAUGCGGCAGAGCCGGAAGGGGCAGCGGCGGUCGCCAGCAUGUACUCAGUGAAGCGGCUGAUCAGCAGGACCUUCAGCCCCCAUCGGGCGAUUGUGGGAUCCAGGCUCGCGAACCUCCAGUUCGUCCUGGCGAUCGAGGUGGAUACGGCGAGCCAGUUCGCGGCAAAGGUCUUCGAAUGGACGGCGGGAUCGGCGCCGGAGGUCCACGAUCAGCUGACUUCCAGAACACAGAUGCUCGAGCAGUACUGGACCUUCGUCAAAGCAGCCGAGGUGGUCUUCAACGAGUCGCUCGGCUACCAGAUGGGCUUCGCUCGAUGCGCGAAAAUUCCGAGGCAGCGGACGGAGAAGUCGAUCGCAGAGUUCCAGCGCGGCAUGGCGAUCAGAGCGCUCGCCGGCCCGGUCUGGGCGCCAAAGGCAAAGUCGAGAUCUUCGUUGUCGCCGGCGAGUUCGUCAACUACACCGCUGCUCGACCAGGAGCUCGCAGAGAAGCAGAAGUGGGCAGCCAGGUUGCAGGCGAUUGCCGACCGAGCCGGCUCCCACGCAACAACCAGCCCGGCGGCGGAGAUCCUCUCGAAUGAAGAGCGAUCGCGGCUACAGCUCCUGGUGCUCACCUCGGGAGCCCCGGCUACUAUGUCGAACUACAUCCGGAAGUUCGAGAAGCUGGAGCUGUGGGCUGCGAAGAGCUCCUUCCCUCUCUAUCCUUUUUCUGAUGAUAAGUUCCUUAAGUACUGUCUCUUUCUGGAUUCGAAGGAAUGCGGCCCGACGGUGAUCCCGUCAUUAAGGACCGCAGUCAGAUGGGUGGCGUUCAGGAUCAACUUGGAGAUCCCGUCGCUCGACACCGCGGAGGUCAUGGCGCUGGAGAAAUCCGUGUUCGACAAGCGAGGCAAGCCGCUCAAAGAAGCGAUCCCCUUUCCGAUACCGGUGGUGGCUGCCAUGGAAAAGUUCGUGAUGCGCGACGAGUUCAACGAGGCCGAGAUCUUUGUUUGGUGGAUCCUUUGCAUGAUCUUCGCGUCUCUGCGGUUCGACGACGCGAUCCACGUCAAGCCGCACGAGAUCGAGCUCAAGGAAGAGG